AUUCUCUCAGCUACUCUCAUCUGGUUCUGUUCUCUGUAUCCUCUCUCUCUCUCCCAUUUCGCGUUUGCAACUCAGUGGAGAAGAAAGAUCCAAAUCGAUUCAUUUGAAAAGGGAUUUGGGAAAUUGUGGAGCUAUGUCGAGUGCGGUGGACGCUACAGGGAACCCGAUCCCUACAUCCGCGGUGUUGACUGCUUCGGCGAAGCAUAUAGGUUUAAGAUGUAUGCCUGAGAACGUUGCCUUCCUCAAGUGCAAGAAGAACGAUCCCAACCCGGAGAAAUGUCUCGACAAGGGUCGUGACGUCACUCGCUGCGUCCUUGGCUUGCUGAAGGAUCUUCACCAGAAGUGCCAAAAGGAGAUGGAUGACUAUGUUGGGUGUAUGUAUUACUAUACCAACGAGUUUGAUCUGUGCAGGAAAGAGCAAGAAGCCUUCGAGAAAGUGUGUCCCCUCAAGUGAUUAAUUUGUAAUCUCUUACUAAAGCAAAAAAAAAAAAGAGUUCAUUUUUUAAUAAGCUUUGCACUCUUCUCUUUGUUGUUGUCAUCAGCAAUUUUACUCUCAAACACUUGUGUUAUUAAAGACACACACUGCUAGAUUUUGUGUUUCUUCU